CCACACUCAAGCUUCACCCAAGCUCUUUCCAACCCGUGAAAAUACGCUUCAACUCGGCGAGAAAAGACAUUGUUGAAUUCGAGCAAGUACUCUGCAAUGUGACCAAGAGUCCCUCGAUUCUAUGUCGGACAGCAAAAAUGCGGGCAUCUCACCCGCGCUCGUUGAGUCCGUCGCCGGGCUCUCGGCCGGCUCUGUCGCGACUCUUGUGGUUCACCCGCUUGACAUCGUGAAGACACGGAUGCAAAUUCACAGGAGCGCCGCGAACCCUUCAGUGUCGCUGACGACCAUGUCGCUCAUCCGCACGCUCACCCAGAACCCACACCCCAUCGCUUCCCUCUACCGAGGCCUGACGCCGAACCUCAUCGGCAACGCCUCGAGCUGGUCGGCCUUCUUCUUCUUCAAGUCGCGCGUCGAGCGGGCCUUCGCCUACUGGAGGGCCGGCUACCUGCCCCUGGCGCACGGCUCGGGUCUCGAGGCCCGGAACCUGACCAAGGAGCACCUUACGACGCAGGACUUCUUCGUCUCGUCGGCCCUCGCCGGCGCGCUCACGCAGGUCCUGACGAAUCCCAUCUGGGUGCUCAAGACACGCAUGAUCUCCUCCGACCGCACCGCCGCGGGGGCCUACUCGAGCAUGUGGGCCGGCGCCCGGGUCUUGUACCGCUCCGAGGGCUGGCGCGGCUUCUACCGCGGCCUCGGCGUCAGCCUCAUCGGCGUGUCGCACGGCGCCGUGCAGUUUGCCGUGUACGAGCCCGCCAAGAAGAUGUACUUUGCCGGCAGGCGGCGCAAGGGCGACGACGGGGGCCGGCUGAGCAACGAGGCAACCGUGGUCAUCUCGAGCGCCGCGAAGCUGGUCGCCGGUGCCGUGACGUACCCUUACCAGGUGCUGCGGAGCCGGCUGCAGAACUACGACGCCGACGAGCGGUUCGGCCGCGGGAUCCGAGGCGUGGUGGCGAGGAUCUGGCAGGAGGAGGGCCCCAGGGGCUUCUACCGCGGCCUGAUGCCCGGUGUCGUGAGGGUGAUGCCCGCUACUUGGGUCACCUUCCUUGUAUAUGAGAAUGUCAAGUACUAUUUACCUCAAUGGGUGGAUUGAUGUUGUAAUGAUAGUGUCGGAAU